AUGGACUCCCUCCCAGAUACUCACCAAGCUCUGGUCCUUGACGCCAUCGGGCAACCCCUUCGAGUCGAGACACGUCCGACCCCCAAAAUCACCUCCGGAUCGGCCAUCAUCAGAGUGCUCGCGGCUGGAGUCCUCCCGUACUCGCGGGACAUCUAUAAUGGCAAGCGCUAUUACGAGCCGCCCGCGCCAUCCGUUCCUGGGUGUGCUGCCAUCGGCCGCAUCGUCGCGGUGGGCACGGAUGCCACCAAGCUCCAGCCCGGGAACCUGGUUCUAGCCGAUGCAGUGAUCCGGGGUCGGGAUGAUCCCACGACGGCCGCGCUGUCCGGCAUCUCGGGCGGUCUUUCCGCCGCCAGCAAGCGCCUGAUGGGCACCGAAUGGCGCGACUCCACGUACGCCCAAUAUGCUCGAGUGCCACUGGAAAACUGCUUUGUGCUGGAUGAGAAGCGACUGCUGGGAUCGCCCUCCGAUGGGGGCCUGGGAUAUGACCUGGACGGCCUGCUGUACAUGGCGGUUCAGCUGGUGCCGUAUGGAGGACUGCGGGCCGUCGGGGUGAGCGCGGGAGACCGCGUCAUCAUCAGUCCGGCCACUGGUUCCUUCGGCGGUACGGCAGUGCAGAUUGCUCUGGCGAUGGGGGCCAGUGUCGUCGCGAUGGGCCGCAAGGGUGAGGUCUUGGAGAGGCUGCGAUCGUUUUUCGCCCCGCAGUAUGGAGAGGAUCGCAUCCAGACGGUGCGGAUGACGAAUGACGUGCAGGAGGAGGUGACCGCUCUAGCGCGAUCUGGACCGGCGGAUGUGUUUUUCGACAUCUCCCCCCCACAGGCGACCGGAUCCACCCACGUCAAAAGUGCGAUUCUGUCUCUGGGGCAUUCGGGGAGGGUGUGUCUGAUGGGGGGUCAGACUGGCGACCAGGCGAUUCCGCCUCAGGCGGUGAUGCAUCGAAAUCUGACGAUUCGCGGGCAGUGGAUGUACGGGCGCCAAGAGGUCCUGCAUUUGAUCCGGAUGGUGGAGUCGGGAGCCUUGAAACUGGGGCGGGACGCCGGCAGUCGCACGGUGGGAUCGUUUCCCCUGGAACAAUGGCAACAAGCCUUUGAUCUGGCAGCAGAACGGGCUGGACCGGGAGAACGAGUGGUUCUGACGCCAUAG